CAUCUGUACUGACAGUGCCAGUCUGGAGAGAAUAUACAGAGCCCGCAUGUGGACAACCAUCUCACUCCUUGCACGGACACCACUUGGAUAUAAUGGAGAAUACACAUUGCCCUCGUUUUUUAUUAGAAUACCAAGUCCAUUGGGGAUAUGAAAACAUCAAGUAAAUCUUCUUGACUCUAUGUUGGUCCGGUGGAUGAUUUGAUUUUCUCUCAUUGAAAAAGUUUAAGGUAACACGUAAUAAACUGUCUCUCUAAAGCGGAUUCGGUGCCGGUAAAGCAAUUCGGCGACGGUAAAGCUGAUGUCUUCAUUUGACUCCUUGCAGUUGAUGAUGGUGGAUCUCUCUCGGAUUUCCAAUGUGGAAACCAGCAUCCAAUUAGUUUGCGAUUGAGCGCCUGGAUAGACAGCGCAGAGGCACUUUGGCCAGCUAGCCACUUAAGCGUGUAGCCUACCGGUGGGCAGACGCAUGGUUGGGCGCUCUGCUCUGUAGGCUACAGAGUUCCAUUAAUUCUGAGUGGCAUUUUUACUUAUUUUUUUAUUUUUUUACAUUGUCAUUUAAAUUGAACCCAUCGGAUCUGGUUUAUGUGAUCAGAUAAAACUGUACAGUCUGAAUAUAUCAUUUGUAUACAAGUACUUCAUACUCACUCCGGAACGUUAAAUGCAUCGCUGUGUGUUGGACUUUAAUACGGAUACAAUUGCAGGUCUGCAAGGGCCAGAUUUAAGCUUCCUUCAUAGGAACUGAGUCUAAGAUGAAGUUAUGGGAUGUUUUGGCCACGUGUUUGUUGCUCCUGAGCUCCGUCUCCACACGCCCCCUCUACCAAAACCUUCAGCCAGCCAAGAGAGCUCACUACUCGGAUCGGUACAGUGAUUCUCUGUCCCUGUCUGUGGAGGAACCAGAGCCAGAGUCCCAGUCAGAGUCUCACAGCCUGCAGGAAAUCUCCAUGGAGGAUAAAUAUGACAUCACAGGCCCAUAUCCGGACCAGUUUGAUGACGUAAUGGAUUUUAUCAAGGCUACCAUUGGCAGACUGAGGAGAUCAUCCGAGCCCGCCGGCGGCUCAAGGGAAAGGAGGGAGCAGAGAGAGCAGGAGAGACAGAGAGGAGCAGCAAACACGGACCGAGGAGGAGGAGGAGGGAGAGGAGAGGGGAGAGGAGGACGGGCAAGAGGAGGACGUGCGGAGAAGAAGAAGGGUCGGGGGCGAGGGGGCAAAGGGAGGAGCAGUGAAAGAGGGGAGCAGCGGACGAAGCCGGUUGAAGGCCGUGGCUGCUUGCUAAAAGAGGUCCAUCUCAACGUGACAGACUUAGGUCUGGGCUACCAGACCAAAGAGGAGCUGAUCUUCCGAUACUGCAGCGGCCCCUGUUCAGACGCAGAGACCAACUAUGACAAGAUCCUCAACAACCUCACCCACAACAAGAAGCUGGUCAAGGACAUACCUUCCCGCACCUGCUGUCGACCAAUCUCCUUUGACGACGACCUGUCGUUCCUGGAUGACAACAACGAGGACUACCACAUUCUGCAGAAGCAUUCCGCCCGCAAAUGUGGUUGUGUUUGACUCUGGGAGAGAUGAAAACAAGAGAGAAAGGCAAAGUGCUGACAGACAGAAAUGAAGCAGGCAGUGACAAAGUCUCUCGGAGGCUGGCACUGCCUUUUCAAGGGAAGGAACACAGUGGAAAAUAACAGAACGUGAGACAGAUAGUCCACUCCAGUGGUGUCUUAGGACCCAUGGCCAGUGUUAGCGCGUCCUGUCCUACUCCUGAGAAGCUGCAAAGGGGUGAACAGGGAUGGUGUAGUCCCCAAACCUCCAGUGAUUUAAGCUGAUCCAGAGCCCAAGUCAGGUCACAGUGGAGAAGGGACUCCUCUAUGUUCUAAUGCCAGUUGAUGACUGACAUUAAAUUACAUUGGAAUUCAGUGUAACAGCCCAUUAAAGAGACAUUGUCAAUUCAGCUCAGUAUUCACUUCAUGGUUGGAUCGCGUCCUUGGAGGUCUACAUGGAUACUGUCUCAUUUACCUGUUGAACCAUGCUGUUAGACUCAAAGGCUUGCCUGCAAUGGAGUUGGUGAGACAGAACCAGACAGAGGAAAUCUGGAUAUUGAAAGCUGGUCUGUUCCUCAAAACGUCAGAUUCUCCUGGGAGCAUCUAUUUUCCCAGGAACGUAGUCAGCUCCUGAGGCUCACAGUGAGAACAGACUUCGUCCUGAUGGGUAUUUUUAGCUGCAGUCCAGUGUGUUCUGGUUCCACUGCACAGACUGGAGCUUAAAGUUUACAUUCACAAUGAACGGGAGAAAAAAAAGUAGAGAGGACUCUUCAACCUGUUGACUGGCUUAGUCCUACAGCAGAGACUGUCUGGUGCUACACACCAAUGUAAAAUCCCAAAUAUUUCAAAUUAUAUAUGAGAUGUAUUUAUUAAGAUUGAACUAAUUUAUUGUUAUUUAUUGCAGUCCAUUUUUAUGAUUUUCCUUAUUUAUUUGAGCUUUGUUUUGUCCUGGAUAGUGCCAAAGCAGAGCAUGUGUUUUCUAAGGGAAAUCAGAUUGUGCUGAAACAACUGGGUUCAAGGUGCAGCCAUAACCAAUCAAACUCAUCCUUUUGUUUCCAAACGCUGUACAGUUUGUAUCUGAAUUCCAUGGUAGAUAAUCCUAAACCCACUGCCGAUUCCAAAACAUCAUGGAUUUAUGAGAAUAACAUAAGGUAUCAGGUUUAGGGAGGGAAAGCAGAGAGAAAGACAGCCUGGAGUGGACCAAUUUCAACCUUUUUCUAAACAAAAAAAAUCUUAUCUCUGCUUUCCGAUCAUUUUGAAGGAUGCCAGGUUUGAGCGUCUUUGACAGUGUUCCUCAUUUGUCACUAAUGGAAAGCAGAGAGGAUGGAGAGGCCUGGGAUGUUAAGGACUGAGGGCUUGGGAGAGACCAGUCAGCUGCUCCUCACUCCUAACUAUCAAAGUAAAGGGGUAAACAGACUUCUGGCAAAACCAUGGCAUGUUUACAAGGAGCAUUCAAAUCCUGCAUUCUCGUUUUUUUAUUUUUAGGACAGAAUAAAGUCGUACUGCCGGUGGUUAUCCCAGACAGCUGUGCAGCCUUCCCUACAAUGAUACUCUCCACAUUAAAAGAAGACUACGUUGAAUUAUAGACAGAAUAACAAAUGGACCUCAGGAGGUACAGGACAGGAUGGUUAUGGGCAGCCUUCAGGACCACUGCUUUCAACGCACUUUCAUAUCACACCAUUUGCAAAGUAAUAUUUGACUGACCGCUUUACAAAAGACCACAAGAAAAUCUCUGAUAUCAUAAUGAAAACCUUGAGGGACUAGACUGUGGAAAAUGGACCCAGUGUCCUUUGGCCAUCACAGUGCAGAAGUUGAUGGUAUGCAUGUAUGCUUGGCUGCCAGGGUCUUAUAUCUCAACCCUUCAGCCUGGUCCUGGCUCUACACCAAGUCUGGGCAAAGGCUUUGUAGUGGUUACUGUCCCAGUAGGCUUUAGCGUUCCUGGGAGUGUCUCUGUCUCUGUUGUCUCUGCUCUGACACAGGUCUUUCUCACUGAUCUGGGGUUAGUUUGAAAACGAUCCUCUAACAUGCAGCUUAGCCCACUACUCCCACUGGCAAAGGCACCCUGGUGUUUAAAACCAUUUAAGGGAGAUCUGGCUCUGUCACUCUUAGCCAAGCCGACAUGCAUGUCUUAGGGCCAGACAGUAAAACAAAGAGACGGACAUAGAUUGUGACAUUACUAAAGGGGAGAGAGGGGAGCACUGGGGUAACCAGGCAUGCUCAGUGUGAACACUAUACAGCAUACCAUCCAUCCUCACCCAAAACAACUACUUAACAGAAAAGAACACGAACAGAGGAAUCUUCAAAGCAUUAUUACUACAGUACUAUGCCCUUGUCCAUAUAGAAGAGCUUUUGAGUGAAACCCAGAGAAAGGGAGCCCCAGAACAGCCCUUGAUGUUAGCAUGGAUUAUGGACCAGAGUAUCUGUGCUCACCCAACAGAAACCAAGCCAGCUUUAGCCCCAUAAUCUCCCCCAGCACACAGAACAAAUCCACGGCAUCAAGAUGAAUUUAGGCCAAACACUGUUGGAGAAAGAUCGACCCCUUUAAUCACAGCAUGCUUUUAUCAAUUGGAUCAUCAUCCCCUUUAAUAACUGAUGUCUGUGUAAGCCUUUCCGGCAGCCUCUUGGGCCCUUACCUUUCCGUAUGUUACUUUUAAGUGUGUGAACUGUGUCUGACCACUCCCCCUUCGUCUUCACAUAUGGUUGUUUCCUCAACUGUCAGUGUUCCUUUUCCUGUGUGUUCAUAACGCUGGCAGUUAUUUUGUGAAGGUAAGGUGUGUGUAAAAGCAGAGGAAUCUGCAGUGCCAACACCAGGCAGAAAGGAUUGAUUUUUUUGUUUUCAGACCCAUGUUUGUGUUAUAAUCGGCUGCGAAAGAAAAGGUGUAAUGUUUUGUGUUACUGAACCAAAGCCCUCAACAAACUUUAUUUUUGUACAAUACUCAUUUUAUAACUUUUUACAGAAUUAAACUCAUUUUUAUCAAAAUGUCUGUCUGAUGGCUAUUGAAUACUAAAUGCUUGUUGCUUCAGUGAGCUGUAGAAUCUGAAAAAGAUUGACAGGUUCUCGCCAGCCAGAAAGGUCUUUCAUAACAUAAGUAGUCUCUCCCGACAUACAUUUGUGGAGAAAAUACAGAGAAAAGGAGACUGUUCUAAGACUGUAAGCGCAAGGCGAGUGCAAAAGUAUUUCUCAUUGUGGAAUAAUGUAUCAUCGUGUUGGGGGAUUGUCAUCAGCACUCGAAGUUAGGGCGGGUCAGGGGAGAGGGUGGUUGAGGGUUGUAGGUGUGUGUAGGGAGUCGUAGGACCGGAUUAGAGAGAGGAGACAGAGGCUCUCUAGUGCUUUACUCCUCGUGUUGUGCAUUCCUGAACGCUGGCCCAGGUUUGUACGCUAAACAAAAGCUUGCUGUAAAGCGACACCAUGCUGUAAAUCGAGGCACUCGGCGGGAAUGUUUCCACCGUGCAGAGAAGAUAUGUAAACGCUGAUGAGAAAAUGGCACAGUUGGCCAGGCGGAGUGAGUCAGUCAACUUCGGCCGGUGUGUAUACACCUCAAGGUUGAUGUACCUCGAUUUUUUUCCAGUGGAUAAAACGAAAGCACUGAUUAUGUACACACAACUGUCCUGUGAGGAUCAAGACUUCACGCCUGGACUACCGGCCAAAACCUGCCCCUCUCUUGAGCUAUUGGCGGCAAGGAGAUGGGGACAAACUUGAGACUAAAACAGAGGAGAGAUUUGAUCCUCUGACUCCUCCAUGACUUAUACGGGCCGUAGUGCCAAACAGAGCCCCAACACACCCGUUGCCCACUACUAAAGGAGGCAGAUGAUCACACUGGGCAUGGGUGGACUGUGAUAUCACCCAUAGCUCGCCUGCAUUCUAACAUUGUGGCAUUCCCGGGCCGGUAACAUACACUGCUGGAGCCAGUGGCUGGUGACGUCAGCAUUUGGAAUAGUAGUGCUGGGCAGGAGGAUUGGGGCUUGGCUAAGCCACGCUCCUUUGGGAGUUGUUACGGCUUUCAGGACGUUUGAGGCUUUUUCAUGGCGAUCUGGCCACAGCCCAGAUAAUGAGCAGCUUUCGAGGAUUUGUGUUAAGAACACGUUUUCUAGUCCAGAUCUCUUGGGAUGAUUGUUUGUGCAGGCCAAAGCGCAGCACAGCCUUUGCGAUUUCAUUCACUAAGAAGGAAAGACAAAUCGAACCCUUUCCAUGCCUGUCUUCAGUCACACCCGUGAAAGACAACUGACACUUUCUAAAGGCACUAUAGUAGAACUUGUUGAAACUGAAUGGUCUUCUCAAUCCCACACAACUGUUUGGUGGGUUAACCAGAGGCUACAUUCCAGGGGAUUGUAAUGAACACGGACAUGUGAUCCAUGAACUAUGGCAUAGCUUUUUCUGUCACACUAACGUAAUUAUAGACACUACAGGUUGUACAAGAGAUUUAGGACAACACUGCUGACUGUCGUCACUAUCUAGUUUCCGGGUGAGGUGAAAGGAAGCGAUUCAAGUAUAUUUAAAAAAUGUCUAGCUAUGCAGCAGCUUGUUACCCAUAUAGUUCUAUUGGGUAUGUAUAACAGAUAUAUUACCUGCUGAUAUGGACAGAAACAUAACCUUCUUGUCAAUUCAUACCCCCCAAACUAUUCUCCAACAUGAUGGAUCGUAAUUUACACCACAUGGCAUGG